AUGGAUGAGGCAUUCGCACAUUUGGAACAAAAUACACCGAAAGAAGGAAAAAAAACUUUGAUAGCGCCGGACGGGGGUUGGGGAUACGUAGUUUGUAUUGGUGUUGGAUUUACUUUCAUGCUUGGGUUCGGAUCAUCAAAUGCUUUUGGAAUAUUGUUCAAUAACUUUUUCAUGGAACAAGACGGUGCUAGUGGACUUCCUCUUGUUAUAGGUGUUUAUAAUGGAGCACUUUCAAUAGCAGGUUUUCUAAGUGGCAUAGCAUUGAAGAAAUAUUCGUUCAGACAAGUUGGUUUGGUUGGAGCGGGACUGUUCAUUUUAGGAGAUGUUUUAACAAUUUUCGUGCAACGCACUUAUCAAUUGGUAUUUACGUUUGGUGUUAUACGAGGGGCUGGUUUUGGAGUGAUGAUACCAGUUAGUUUUACGGCAUUUAACUGUUACUUUACGAAAAAACGAACUGCCAUGAUGAGCGCAAAUCAAACUAUGAGUAGUAUGGCAUCCAUAACUUUUCCCAUCCUUGUCACGUUCCUCCUGGCAGAAUAUGGGUUUAGGUGGACUCUCGCAUUAAUCAUGGCGGUGGAUUUACAUUUAUUAUUUGCCAUGAUAGUCAUGCAUCCUGUGGAAUGGCACAUGAUUAAGGUGUCCGAGGAUGCCAUAAAAGAACUGUCUUCACUUUGUGAUGUUAAAAAAAUAAAAAAUGAGUCUGAAGUAACUGACGAAACCGUCGUAAAAAUGUUGCCAGGAGAUGACGUCGUUGAAGAUAAGACAUCACAGGUUCGGCACGAAUCGAUUCAAAAAAAUAUUAUAAAAAUGAUUUACGCAAACGUAGAGUUAGAUCUAUUGAAAGACCCCAGAUUCGUCUGCACUUUAGUCGGACUUGGCUUCGCUUUUGUGUCUGACGUAACCUAUCUUGCGAUGGAACCCAUGUUGUUGUUUUCUUAUCAGUACUCUAAGAUGCAGGUGGCUACGUGCGUCAUGGCUGGUGCUAUUGCUGACUUGGCUGCUAGAUUUAUUUUAGCGGUUUUCACAUACUUUUAUAAUGUCGAUAGCAGAAAACUGUUUUUUAUUGGGACAUUCAUUACUAUGAUACUUCGAAUUGUUCUGGUAACCUCUGACAACGUAACAUUUGUGUUCGCAAUAACAAUCAUAUCGGGCCUCGUAAGAUGUUCAGUACAAGUACUAUUCCCCUUGGUGUUGGUGACUGCAGCACCCGACCGUUUUCCGGCCGCCUUAGCACUCCAUAUUCUGUUCUCUGGAUGUCUUAUGUUGAUGGCCGAUCCGAUGAUAGGUGUAAUUUAUGAAGCGACAGGAAGUUAUGUCAGCUGUUUUAUUGCGAUGAGCUUUUGCUGUUUCGUUUGCAUUGUUCUCUGGACUGUAGAAUUCUUUGUGUAUCGUAAAAAAACGUGA